AUUAAAGGAAUGAAUUCGUUGUUUUUAGUAAUCGAGCACCUCCCUCAAGAAGUACGCGAUCGUUUGGCAGAGAUGCGGAACCUGGACGCUACAGUGCAAAGUUAUUUCAUCUUUUUAGAUUCAUCUUUUUAUACAUCGUUUAUUAUUUCAACAAUAUGCAUCGUUUUCUGGAAAUAUAGUUUGGUCCCAAUUGCCGAUGGAUUAUGUAAUUUAUUAGAAAAGUACAGCAAGAAGCUCAGUAAAGAAAUUUUACAUUUUAAAUAUGAACUGGAAGCCGAUAAUCCGGGAAUAACAGAACAAAUCGAAAAAAGUAUGCAACUUUUUAAAUUAUCAUCGCCAUGGAAGACCAAGGAAGUCAGUUUGAGUUACUUCACAUUUGGUUGUUUUUUUUUCUUCGCUCCUUUCACUUUCAUCUUAUUAUGCAGGCUUACUCCAAGAGUCCAAGAGAUGAUAAAGGAUACGAUCCAACGGCAGGAACGUCGUACCCCAUCUCAGCAUCCUGAAGCUGAUGAAACUUCGGAAUGUGAUGAGUCUGAUCACGACAAUGAUAAGCGUAAUUGGUGUAUAUGUAAUCAGAAAUCAUAUGGAUGUAUGGUUGCUUGCGAUAACAAGGAAUGUCCUGUUGAAUGGUUUCAUAUUGCUUGUAUUGGUUUAAGUCAGAUUCCGAAAGGAAAAUGGUUUUGUUCGCAAUGCAUUGGAAUGAAUGAUGGAAGAAACGAUUUGGACGAUAUAUAA